GGCAUGUCCUGCGGCGCGGGGGCAGCCCCCAGCCAUGGGCAACUGCACCAAGACCCCUGAGCGGCGGCUCCCCAAGGAUGGGAAGCCGCGCUCGGGCGCUCCAGGCUCCGGCGCAGAGGACCCCGAGGACGUGCUGGACGCGGCGCAAACCCCCCCGAUGCAGGGAUACUCGGUGCUGCAGGGGCUGGUGGGGCCGGCCUGCAUCUUCCUGCGGCAGAGCAUCGCCAUCACCCAACGGGACCGGGAGCUGCGGCCCGAGGAGAUUGAAGAGCUGAAGCAGGCAUUCCGGGAGUUUGACAAGGACCACGAUGGCUACAUCAGCUACAAGGACCUGGGCGAGUGCAUGCGGACCAUGGGUUACAUGCCCACGGAGAUGGAGCUCAUCGAGCUGUCCCAGCAGAUCACCGGGGGCAAGGUGGAUUUUGAUGAUUUCGUGGAGCUGAUGGGCCCCAAGAUGCUGGCGGAGACGGCGGAUAUGAUUGGGAUCAAGGAGCUGCGUGAUGCCUUCCGUGAGUUUGACACCAAUGGGGACGGACAGAUCAGCAUGGCAGAGCUGCGGGAGGCCAUGCGCAAGCUCCUGGGGCAGCAGCUCAACUAUCGGGAGGUGGAUGAGAUCCUCAAGGACGUGGAUCUCAAUGGCGAUGGCCUGGUGGACUUUGAAGGUAGGAGCAGGGAAAGGGCCAGGAGAGCCUCCAGGGACAGCUGGGAUGUUCCAUGUGUGUUUUCCUCCGGCAGAGUUUGUGCGGAUGAUGUCGCGCUGAGAGCCGUAUCUGCCAAUGCGGGACCCAAGCCCCCCGUGCCUUACGAAGAGGAGGGGGCCACAGAGGGACCCCCAGGUCCAGGGGCUGGGGCAGUGCUGGCACAGCGGUGCCUAUGGCUGGGGUGAGGCCGGGUGCCGGAGCUGCUCCGAUGCUGUGGUCUGACCGUGGUGGGAGGCACCGGGGCUAAAGUCGGGACCCUUUUCGGCACAGGCUCAGCCGAGCUUCGACCACUCUCGCUCUCACCUCUGCUCUCUCCCUGCAUCAUCCCCCUUCCCACCCAGACCUCAUCCUAAAAGUCACACCAUCGUGGUCCCCUCUCCUUCAGCUGUGCCCCAUCCCUGCUGCUCAUCUCUCCAGCCUCCAUUCCCACUCUGGGUACCACACUGAGCCUCUCAGGCUCCCUCCAGACCAUGUUUAAUAUGGACUGCACAGCAAAACCCUCCCCGUCACCAUGGUUUGAGCUCAGACCUACCCCAGACCCACCUAGGGUGAGGCAUCCCCCCCUUUUGGGGCUGGUACAGACCCUCAUGGGUGUUUUGGCAGCCUCCAGCACAAGGGAGAUUCCUGGCAGCCCAGCCAGGAGCCCCUCAAAGAGAAAAAUGAAG